AUGACGUUCCUUAUCUGGCUCAAGUCAGUAACAAAACGUGGAUAUGCUCAUCUUCUUAUAUGGAAUGCUUUUGAUUCGCGAUCAUCUGAUCCGACAAUUAUUCGUCGUGAAUUGUUCACAACUCGUUUGUAUCUCAUUCUUCUUCUUCUUCUUUCUGUUGGUGUUUUAGCAGCAUAUACAUCAUUCAGUGUGCGAUUCAAAAGCGAAACUGUUGACAGUCCAACUUAUUCUCAAUAUGAAAAACUUCAAGAGAAAUAUUCGGAUAGUUUACAAUGUUCAUGUACGAAAAUUUCGAUGUCUUAUGGUGGAUUUGUAAGAACAAGUCCGCGAUUUCAUCAGGUGUGUUCAAGUGAUUUCAUCACACAGAAAUGGAUUGAUUUCACUUUUCCCGACAAUCUCAUCUUGCUUUCGCCAAUUGAUAUCCGAAUGAGUCUAAGUGCCGUGUGGAAAUUCAUUCAAUCAUUUUGCCGAAACGCUGAUCAAAUAACAAGUGAUAUUCGCAAUCAGUUUGCUAAUACUUCAUUGAUCAAUCCAACUUUAUUGAAUAAAGAUUUGUUAAUUGCAAAAACUCAAAGUACUUUGUCAUCAAUUCGUCAAAUCGAAACAGUUCGUUUAAUUCAAUCCGUCAAAAUCGUUGAUCGAGUCAUUCGAGCAAAUAGCCUAUUAACUGCACUAGGAAACAACUAUGUUCUUCGUGCGGUCUAUGAAAAUCAAUCAAGUGACAUAAGAUCGGAUUUUUAUAUUGAAAUUUAUCGAAAUCAAUAUAUACAAAACAAUUCGAAGAAAGUCUGUAUUUGUGAAAAUGAUCGUUCAUGUCCACUUCCUGCCAAUAUUUAUUUGUAUAAUAUUACAGACCGAUCUGCAGUUUACGAUAUGAAUACCAUACCGUCUAAUGGAACUUUGCUCGGCCUAGUUGUCGAUUGUUUACCACUUCAAAUGACAUUUGCAUCAACAUUCGAAUGUUUUUAUCAACAAUCAUGUCUCAACUUUCUUCUUUCAACGUACCAACAAAAGAUCAAUAUUUCCAUUCUGAAUUCAUCUCAGCCAAGUCGUUUUCAUCUAACAGCAACGAUUGAUUCAAUUUUCAAUGAACUUUUCCUCGAAGAAAUAUACAAUGAAACAAAUUAUGAAGAUUAUUAUUUGCCAAUGAGACAACCAUCAAAUGAAACUUUUCUGAAUCGAUUAAAGCGAAUUUUACAAAAGAUAAAACAGAAAAUUGUGAGUUUGAAUAUCUACACAAAAUAUUCUCAUGAUGAAACAAGUGUUCGUCAUGGUCGUUUGUCGACCCGAUUAUAUUUUCUCUUGUUAUUCCUAUCAAUCAUUAUCAUGGUCAUUUAUUCAUCGGUAUUAGCUGAAACCAUCACUGAACAAGUUAUUAAUCCAACACUAAACGAAUAUAUACGAUUACAAGUCGAACAUUCAUCAACAUUGAGAUGUCCUUGUAGUCAAAUGUCUGUUAUGUAUAGAGAUUUUGUUGAAAUCAAAGUGAAAUAUCAUCAAAUAUGUUUAAGUGAUUUUGUUCAACCGUGGUGGUAUCAAAGUUUUUCGUUUCCAAAGACUUCGUCACAAUAUAUUCUUUUUAUUUGGUUGGGAUUAGCAUAUUUUGAAACACUAGCAACAUUUUGUGAAUUAGUUGAUGAAACAGUCAAGAAUGGAGUUGAACAAUAUCUCUCCACUACAUUUGUUAAUGGUUAUGUUUUAUCCAAUGAUUCAUUUCAUAUACAAAUGACUUCAUUGAUCAAUUCGUUUAUCGGACAACUCGAAAAUGAAUUUAUUUAUCGAUUAUCGUUGACAAAACUAUUUCUUCAGAGUAAUCAAUAUAUGAGUUAUCUACCAUUAAGCACAUAUCCUGUAAUAGACAGAGGUUAUGCCGGUUCUCGAUUACUAUAUUUAAAUAUAUACGCAUCUGCUUCAUACACUUACAAAGAUUCCAGUGCUCCAAGAUGCUUUUGUGUGCUUGAUUCGAGCUGUAGCUUCGACGACUAG